AUGGGAGACCACAGCAUGUUCAGUGAGUUUAUCCUCCUUGGGUUUUCCGUUGACCCUCACCAGAUUCUGCUCUUCAUGUUGUUUCUGAUGAUUUACCUCCUGACCCUGUUGGGGAACCUGGUAAUGUUGCUGGUUAUCAGAGUUGAUCCCCACCUCCACACGCCCAUGUCCUUCUUUUUGGGACAGCUCUCCUUUCUGGACCUCUGCCAUUCAUCUGUCACAGUCCCCAAGAUGCUGGAGAAUCUACUUUCUGAAAGUAAAACCAUCUUUGUAGACAGCUGCCUGGCUCAGGCCUUCUUUGUGUUUGCCACCAGGGGCACUGAGGCAUGUCUGCUGGCUGUGAUGGCCUAUGACCGCUAUGUAGCCAUAAACUCCCCUCUGCUCUAUGGCCAGGUGAUGAACCACCAGCUCUGUAUUGGGCUGGUGUGGGGCUCCUGGGGCCUGGCCUUUGUUGAUGCUCUCAUCAACAUCCUUCUGGCUGUCAAUUUAGACUACUGUGAGGACCAAACUCUUCCCCGCUUCAGCUGUGAGCUGUCUUCUCUCUUCCAUCUUGCUUGCUCUGAUACCUCCACCAAUUUCACACUCUUGCUCUGCUCUUCUGUCUUCCGUUUCUUUGGAACCUUCAUUUUAAUCUUCUCUUAUAUCUGCAUUGUCUCCACCAUCCUGAGCAUCAGCUCCACCUCAGGCAGAAGCAAGGCGUUCUCUACCUGCUCUUCCCACCUCACUGCAGUGAUCCUGUUCUAUGGCUCAGGUUUCCUCAGUUAUCUCUUUGCCAACCUCAGGUUCCCCCUGGAGAUGAUCUUCCCUUUACAAUACAGUGUGAUCACUCCCAUGCUGAAUCCCCUCAUGUAUAGCCUUCAGAACAAGGAGGUGAAGGCAGCUAUGGGAAGAAUGUUAAGAAGAUAUGUUAACUUUUUCACAUAG